GCCUCUCUUCCGGCCCCGCCCCUCCGGGCUGCCAUGACAACGAGUCAGCUCCCCGCGCACAGCUGCUGUUCGGGCGGGUCCCAGGCUGGACCGCGGGCCCCGGCCUGGGGACUACAACUGCCACCUCCACCGCCGCCGCCACCUCAUCUCCUCCCUGUUCCCGCUCCGCGUCCACUCGCUUCACUCGGGCCGGCGGCCGGGGUCUUACCCGGCGUCCCACCCCGCGCGGAUGCCUAAGGUGAAGGCGCUGCAGUGCGCCCUGGCGCUGGAGAUCCGCUCUGUAACUUGGCCAGGAGUGGUGCUGAAAGACAAGGAGGACAUCUAUCUUAGCAUCUGUGUGUUUGGCCAAUACAAAAAGACACAAUGUGUCCCAGCCAUUUUUCCACUGAUCUUCAAUGCCAGAAUGGUGUUUGAAAAGGUGUUCCCUGAAGCAGUAGACCCUGGAGAUGUGGUUUCACAGCUUGAAUAUGAUACAGCAUUGCUUGAGUUGAUUCAACUGGUUCCACCAGGGGGUGAAACACUGUCUACAUAUGAUGAAAAUACACGAGAUUUCAUGUUCCCAGGUCCAAAUCAAAUUUCUGGGCACCAUGACUCAAACCGCCAGGUUACCAUGAGGAUGAUUUCUGGCCUUCGAGGAAUUGCUCCAAAGCUGGAAUUUUCUACGACCUCAGUGAUUACUGAAUGUCUGAUAAGUUCAAGGAAGUGCUGCACUCAGGAUAAAUUUAUUUACCAUACAGCUCGAGAUGAAAAAUCACACAGCAGACUGCAAAGCAGAACAUCAAGAUCACAAAAGAAAAAAUCCAAGUCGCCUGAGAGAAAUAAAUAUUGCAUAAAUGCAAAAAACUACGAACAGCCUACAAUAUCUUCAAAAUCACACUCUCCAUCUCCCUACACAAAAAGACGCAUGUGUGAACUAUCUGAAGACACCAGGCAGCGGCUGGCCCAUUUAAAUCUGGGACCCUAUGAAUUCAAAAAAGAAACAGAUAAACCUCCAUUUGUGAUUAGACAUGUUGAUCCUCCAAGUCACAGGGCUGAUGCUUUAUUUGGAUCUUCUGGCAGAGACUGUGAAAGAGAUGGAUGGUCUAGGAUGCACAAUGAUCAUUCUCAUCUUGGCUGCUACCAACCGAAGGAUUAUAAGGUUAUCAGGACACCACAUGGGAGAGACUUUGAUGAGUCUUUGGAAAGGUGUGAUGAGUAUUUGAGCUCAAGGUCAUGUAGCAAGCCCCAGCACUCAGCAAGGACCUUACUAGUCCAUUCAGCACCCUCAACAAUGCCGAAGCAUUCACCAAGCCCUGUGUUAAAUAGAGCUUCUCUCAGGGAAAGAUUCUAUUCUGAUUUAUGUUCAUCUUCAAACUGUGAUGAGAUCCAUGACCGGGUAAAAAAUGUCUUGAAAUCACAUCAGGCUCAUCAAAGACAUUUAUAUACUCCUGUAAACUGUCUACCAGAUCAAGAAACAAAAGAUGAUCAGCUCUGCAGCAGCCCUUCCUCCUGUGUCCUCCCAGUGACUGCUUCUCCAAGGGAUGAGAAAGACCUAGAGAAAGAUGAUGAACUGGAAUUGAAAAGAGAUUUUUUAUACAAAGACUCUGCCUAUGACAGUGACCCAGAGUAUAGCUCAUUUCAGCGUCCACGUGGUACUCUCCAUUUUGAUGAUGGCAAAUACUGGUCCAACAGGGCAGCCUCUUAUAAAGAAAAAUCCCACCGACCCAUCUUUGAGAACAGCAUGGACAAGAUAUACAGGAACUUAUACAAAAAGGCCUGUGGUUCUGUUUCUCAUACACAGGAAAGCUUCUGAGACCAUCCACAAUAAACUGUAUGAAUGAUC